GGUCAAGUUGUCGGCUUUUGCUGUAAGAUGGCAGAAUAUCCAGCAGCAAUGACGAAGGUGAAGGAAGGCCAUUGCCCAUUAUAGGAUUGUGCCCACUGCGUGCCCAGGGCCUUAACUUGGCUGGAAUUGUGUGCGUGUAAACCGUAAACUAGCAGAUAGGUUAGCUAGAUAUGCUAUAAAUAUGAGGUUCCUGAAAAGCGACAAUGACUUUGAGAUUGAUUGCCUUGUGGCUUCUGGGGAUAAGAAAUUUAGUUGGAAAUGGCGUUCUUGCACGUCAUGCCUGCUCCGUUCUCGUCGUCUCGGCCCCUUGCUUUUCCAACAUUAAGAAACCCAGUUCGAUGUGUCGCGGAACGCCAGGCCUUGUUCACUCGCAUUGCUCCCGUCUAUGAUUACCUCAAUGAUUUGUUGAGCCUGGGUCAGCAUCGCAUUUGGAAGCGAAUGGCAGUGUCAUGGAGCGGAACGAAAAUGGGAGACCGUGUAUUGGAUGUGUGCUGUGGGAGUGGGGAUUUAACGUUUCUUUUGUCUGAGAAAGUUGGCUUAAACGGCGAGGUGACUGGUCUUGACUUCUCCAAGGAGCAAUUGUUGAUUGCUUCAUCUCGUCAGAACUUGCUUUCGAAGGACUACUUCAGUAAUAUUGAAUGGGUUGAAGGCGAUGCUCUUAACUUGCCAUUUACUGAUGGUUCAUUUGACGCUAUAACUAUGGGUUAUGGUCUGCGAAAUGUGGUUGAUAGGCGCAAGGCCAUGCAAGAAAUAUUACGAGUCCUAAAAGCUGGCUCCAGAGUGUCUAUCCUUGACUUUAAUAAGAGCGAUCAAUUUCUGACUGCCUCAGCUAUGGAAUGGAUGAUUGACAACGUUGUAGUCCCAGUGGCCUCUGGUUAUGGCCUCUCCGAAGAAUAUAGAUAUCUAAAUAGCUCAAUCAGAGAGUUUUUGACAGGGAAGGAAUUGGAGAAACUUGCUUUAGAAGUUGGUUUUUCUACUGCACGACACUAUGAGAUCAGUGGAGGCUUCAUGGGCUGCCUGGUAGCAAAACGUUAGAUGGGAUUUAUUUAUGGAUUUUUAUUCCAGUGGAUAUGUAUUUAUUUAUUAUCGCGGGGCGAUUUUUGCUCCGCUUGUAAUUACACAGACUCUGCUCUUAAUCAAAGUGCUCCACUCUUGACAUUUUGAAGUUUACUGAAUGUGCAAUGGAGACUACUACUGCUUGCUCUUUUUGCCA